AUGGCGGAAUUUUGGGCCUCAGAAGAAUAUAAGAUGAUUGCCAGCUCCUCUGAUUGUCUGUCAGAAACCUUGUAUUUGAGGGAGGAGAAGAAGGUUGCAAUUAACAGAACACUCAGCCUGAGUGAGAUCCUCAACGUGGACUCCGACGCGUGCCUGGAUGACAAACCGUAUGACUUCGACCUUGUGGUGGACAGAGUUUCCACCACGAAAGAUACUCCGCCUCGCUCGAAGAGUCCACCCCGGAAAACCAAGGCCCAAGACAAGGAUGAGCCAAGGCUCCAAGUUGUAGAAGAGGAAGAAGAAGUUUUGGGAGAAGAGACAUCCCCAGCAUCUCAGCGAAUCGUGGAGGAGAACAUUGUUCCUCAAAAGGACAAGAAAGAGAUUCGGACAGAGGACACAGCAGCUCAGCAUCUUGCUAAAGGGCAGACAUUGACUCAGGUGCCACCUAAGAAGGAGUUGGUUGUCUCAGACACACCAUCUGGACCGAUUAUUAUCUUGCCAGAAUCAGACUCACAGGAAGAGCUUGCAGUCCCCAAAGCAGAAUGGAGAGCUUCUGAGCAGCCCAAAGCCUCUGAGAAGGAGCCAUCAGCCUCCCCUCCCCCACCCAAGAGUGAGGCCUUGGCAACCUUGCCCCCAACUUCCAAAAUCCCACGACCACUUCCUUCUCCAGAGAAGAGUCCACCAAGCUCUGCACUGCUUCCCCUGAGAGAACCAGUCAGUCCCCCACAAACCAUCCCUGAGGACAAGUCAAUCCUCCAUAUGUUGUUUGAAAAGACCAAACCAGUCCUUGAAAUUGUCCCAAGGGGACUGCAAUCCAUCAUGAAUGAAAUAGCCGCGAUCCACCACCAUUCACAGACGGAAAUAGCAACCCGAACAGAAGCUAAGCUUUGGCCAAAGAAAGAAGAAGCUGACGGCGCUUUCGGGACACACAAGGGGAGACUGCUGUCCCAAAGAGGGAAAGACAAGGCUAUUCGUGAGGUUGCAGAAGAAAUGUCUUCUCACCCCAAGCCAGCUGGGAAGGAACCCCUGUCAGCAAUGGCCACCAGCCUCAGCUCAUUUGUGGAAUCGCCCGUGGGACAGGUCUUUGCGGUCACGAUUGAGCGGGCGCUCAGUAAAUCAGAGGAAUGGCUGAAUUACUACCUUCCGGUGCCAGAGGCCAACGUGGCCCCCUCCAGCUCCGGCCCAGAGGACACGUCUUACCAGGAUCUUUGCAAGGAAGGCUGUUUCGUGAGGAUCAACGCCCUUUCGACCCAGCUGAGGAACCGGGCCUUCAAAAUUGUGUUGCACCAAAUCAAGGCAGCGCGUCAGAAUGCACACAACAACCUCUCACUGCUUGAUCAGAUCUUAGAGAUGGUGGAUUACGCCCAAACCACAGGGUGUGCCACCUUUUCCAGUGUGCCCAAGCACAUGCGCAAUUUGUGGACCCAGUGGAACACCCCGCAGGACGUGCCCAGCCCGAAGCCCGUAACCGGGACGGUCAAGGAGUCCCUGACGCUGCUGCCUGAGCAACUGGAGAUGAGAGCGUUUCUUCUGACCCGGGACUUGGCUCGGGAGCUGUACCACACCUACCAGAACCUCUUGCCGCAUAUAUCCGAACUCCCCGCGCAUCUCCAGGAAAAGGUGACUGAGAUCCACGAAAAUCUGGAGGAGAUGCAGGGGUACCUGUCGUCCACCACCAACCUCAAGGACCUGCCCAGCAGCAUCGUGCUCCAAAGCCGGCAAAAACUAGCCAGUGCCCGGGAAAACUUGGACGACCUUUUGGAUUUCAUGGCUCGGAACUCUGUGUCUCACUGGCUCCCCCAGCCAAGUUCUUCCCGCACAGGCAAGGAGCUGUUGUUUCUGCCCGCCAGCAGGCCGCGCGAAGGGCCCGCCUCUGAGCAGAAGGCCAAGGGGGAGAGUUCUGGGCCUCGGCCGUUUCCCCACCCUCCUUCACCAGCCCCACCGCGACCGUAGUCUCGUUUGGCCCACCGACGCCGGCCUUGCGAGUCAGCUGACCUACAGUCCUCCGGCUCUGCUGCAUCACCUGGGGCCGUGCCCAAGACUGGAGUCUCACACCGAAGCCAUGGGGGGGCCUUUGCUUUGAGAACAGGGCUGGGGCUGAGACGGGAGGGAGGAGGUAGGUGGGCACCCCCGGACCAUCUCCGGGGCAGGAAGAGGGCUUCUGGCAUCAUUUCCAAUUAAACACCCCUGGACA